AGUUGUCAGUUUCUCUUUGACAGCCCUGUUCUUUUGGCGGUUGUUUCUGUGUAAUGAGUAUUGUGUGUGGCGUCCAUGGGAUUCCGGCUGAAGCUUAGUAAGACAGAGUUUGUCCAGGACUUUGCUGGAGAUUAGCUUUCAGUCUUGGGCAAGGCUUAUCCCAUGAAGCGUCAGUGGCCUCCCCAGUAAAUCAGGGCUGUUAUAAAGAUCACAGACGAUGAUGGAUGGGGAAGGCCUGAGUGGUCUGUAGGAAACAAAGCAGCUGCUAGGGGUCCUUCCACACUUGCGGCAAGUAGAGGGAGGCAUGGCUUCCCACAUCCACCUUAACACGCACUCACUAGCUGUGAGGUCCCCUAAGAUAGACCCAGCUGAAGAAGAGGUGGGCUUAAUAAGGAUGAGCCUCAGUGUAUGCGCGUUUGUUUUUGACCAAGCCAGGCAGAGGUUUAGGAUGAAAAGUGCCCAGCCCCAGGGCCUGGCUGGCAGACCCACCCCCACCCCCACCCCACCCGCAGGGGGCAGGAGGUGGGAAAGUGUUGUUUGUUUGCUUCGAUCUGCAUAUGGAGUGAGUCACUGCCACUUGUCAAGGUGAAAUGGCAGAUCUGGGCUUCCUGUGGUUCCAAAAAUCUGUGAGUGGAAAUCCACAAGCGAGCUGGUGGUUGAAGCUGGCUAAAGGAGAGCCUUAGAUAUUCCAGAAGUGUUCAGGGAUGUUUUGUACCCGGGGAAGAGAAGACGGUUUGUAAAUGAACCUCUCACGCGUCUCCAGUGUUCUUUUUCAACAGAGACAAUCAUUGAACUUUGGUUAGGACAGGUCAGUGUAUUUCUCUUUGCCCGUCUUGAGUUAGGAUGGGGAGAGGAGGAAAUAGGUUCUUUCCUCUCCUUCUUUUCCUCUCCCUUCCCCCACUCCCUUCCCUUAUCCUCACUCACUCACAUGCACACACUAACCUUGAGGCCGAUGGGAUUGAGUGACUGGCACUUGGGACCACAGAGAAAUGUCAGAGUGUUUGGUUACAGACUCAAGGAAACCUCUCAUUUUAGAGUGCUCAUUUGAUUUUAAGCAACAUUUUGGACUGUGAAUCAAGGCAUUGGGUGAAGACAAAAUGGCCUCGCCGGCUGACAGCUGUAUCCAGUUUACUCGCCAUGCCAGCGACGUGCUUCUCAACCUCAACCGCCUGCGGAGCCGUGACAUCUUGACCGAUGUUGUCAUCGUGGUGAGCCGCGAGCAGUUCAGAGCCCAUAAGACAGUCCUCAUGGCCUGCAGCGGCCUGUUCUAUAGCAUCUUCACAGACCAGUUGAAAUGUAACCUGAGCGUGAUCAACCUGGAUCCUGAGAUCAACCCCGAGGGGUUCUGCAUCCUCCUGGACUUCAUGUACACGUCUCGGCUCAAUCUGCGGGAGGGCAACAUCAUGGCUGUGAUGGCUACGGCUAUGUACCUGCAGAUGGAGCACGUUGUGGACACUUGCCGGAAGUUUAUCAAGGCCAGUGAAGCCGAGAUGGUUCCUGCCAUCAAGCCUCCCCGUGACGAGUUUCUGAAUAGCCGGAUGCUGAUGCCCCAAGACAUCAUGGCCUAUCGGGGUCGUGAGGUGAUGGAGAAUAACCUGCCGCUGAGGAACGCCCCUGGGUGUGAGAGCAGGGCGUUUGCCCCCAGCCUGUACAGCGGCCUGUCCACCCCGCCAGCCUCUUACCCCGUGUACAGCCACCUCCCGGUCAGCAGCUUCCUCUUCUCCGAUGAGGAGCUGCGGGAUGCCCGGAUGCCCGUGGCCAACCCCUUCCCCAAGGAGCGGGCCCUCCCCUGUGAUAGUGCCAGGCCCGUACCCGGCGAGUACAGCCGGCCGGCCAUGGAGAUGCCCCCCAGUGUCUGCCACAGCAGCAUCUACUCGCCCAAGGAGGCCGCCCCGGAGGAGGCACGCAGUGACAUGCACUACGGCGUGGCCGAGGGCCCCAAGCCGGCCGCCCCCUCGGCCCGGAAUGCCCCAUACUUCCCCUGUGACAAGGCCGGCAAGGAGGAAGAGAGGCCCUCCUCCGAGGAUGAGAUCGCCCUGCAUUUCGAGCCCCCCAGUGCACCCCUGAACCGGAAGGGUCUGGUGAGUCCGCAGAGCCCGCAGAAGUCUGACUGCCAGCCCAACUCGCCCACGGAGUCCUGCAGCAGCAAGAACGCCUGCAUCCUCCAGACCUCGGGUUCACCGCCGGCCAAGAGCCCCACCGACCCCAAAGCCUGCAACUGGAAGAAGUACAAGUUCAUUGUGCUCAACAGCCUCAACCAGAAUGCCAAACCAGAGGGGCCCGAGCAGGCGGAGCUGGGCCGCCUUUCCCCUCGAGCCUACACCGCCCCGCCGGCCUGCCAGCCGCCCAUGGAGCCCGAGAGCCUUGACCUCCAGUCCCCAACCAAGCUUAGCGCCAGCGGGGAGGACUCCACCAUCCCACAGGCCAGCCGGCUCAAUAACAUCGUCAACAGGUCCCUGACCGGCUCCCCCCGCAGCAGCAGCGAGAGCCACUCGCCUCUCUACCUGCACCCCCCCAAGUGCACAUCCUGCGGCUCUCAGUCCCCGCAGCACGCGGAGAUGUGCCUCCACACCGCCGGCCCCACAUUCCCCGAGGAGAUGGGAGAGACCCAGUCUGAGUACUCGGAUUCUAGCUGUGAGAACGGGGCCUUCUUCUGUAACGAGUGUGACUGCCGCUUCUCUGAGGAGGCCUCGCUCAAGAGACACACGCUGCAGACCCACAGCGACAAACCCUACAAGUGUGACCGCUGCCAGGCCUCUUUCCGCUACAAGGGCAACCUCGCCAGCCACAAGACCGUGCAUACGGGUGAGAAACCCUAUCGCUGUAACAUCUGUGGAGCCCAGUUCAACCGGCCAGCCAACCUGAAAACCCAUACUCGAAUCCACUCUGGAGAGAAGCCCUACAAAUGCGAAACCUGUGGAGCCAGAUUCGUACAAGUGGCCCACCUCCGUGCCCACGUGCUCAUCCACACUGGAGAGAAGCCCUAUCCCUGUGAAAUCUGUGGCACCCGUUUCCGGCACCUUCAGACUCUGAAGAGCCACUUGCGAAUCCACACGGGAGAGAAACCAUACCAUUGCGAGAAGUGUAACCUGCAUUUCCGUCACAAAAGCCAGCUGCGUCUUCACUUGCGCCAGAAGCAUGGUGCCAUCACCAACACCAAGGUGCAGUACCGUGUGUCCGCCACUGACCUGCCCCCGGAGCUCCCCAAGGCCUGCUGAAGCAUGGAGUGUUGAUGCUUUCCAUUCGAGUCCCUUCUCAGAAAUCUACCCAAAGGAUACUGUAACACUUUACGAUGUUCAUCCCAUGACGUAGUGCCUCUUUCAUCCACUAGUGCAAAUCAUAGCUGGGCUGGGGUGGGGGGGGAGGGGCAGGGGGACCGGGAGCCAAGGCAGCUCCCCUUCCCCUACUGCCAUAAAACAUUAAGAAAAUAAUAUUGCUUCUUCUCCUAUGUGUAAGGCAAACCACGUCAGCAAACGGCAAAAUCAUUUUAUAUAUCAGAGCGGGGGGCGUAUGCAAAAGUUCUGACUUGACUUGGUCUGCAAAAUGAGGAAUGUAUAUGUUUUGUGGGAACAGAUGUUUCUUUUGUAUGUAAAUGUGCAUUCUUUUAAAAGAAGAGACUUCGGUAUGUUAUCAAAGAGAGGGCUUUAAUUUUUUUAACCAAAGGUGAAGGAAUAUAUGGCAGAGUUGUAAAUAUAUAAAUAUAUAUAUAUAUAAAAUAAAUAUAUAUAAACCUAAAAAAGAUAUAUUAAAAAUAUAAAACUGUGUUAAAGGCUCGAUUUUGUAUCUGCAGGCAGACACGGAUCUGAGAAUCUUUAUUGAGAAAGAGCACUUAAGAGAAUAUUUUAAGUAUUGCAUCUGUAUAAGUAAGAAAAUAUUUUGUCUAAAAUGCCUCAGUGUAUUUGUAUUUUUUUGCAAGUGAAGGUUUACAAUUUACAAAGUGUGUAUUAAAAAAAAAAAAAACAACAAAAAGAACAAAAAAAGCUACCGAAGGAAAAAUGUGUAGUUUUGUUCUAGUUCUCGGUUUGUAUAUACCUGUACAACGUGUCCUACGGUGCCUUUUUUCAUGGAAGUUUUCAGUGAUGGACGAGCACGCCAUCCCUUCUGAAGUGUAGGCAGACACAGGGACUUGAAGUCGUCGCUAACUAAGCUCUCUUUGGGAAUGUUUGUCUCAUCACAUUCUGCGUCAUGCUUGUGUUAGAACUACUCCGGAGACAGGGUUUGGCUGUGUCUAAACUGCAUUACCGCGUUGUAAAAUAUAGCUGUACAAAUACAAGAAUAAAACGUUGAAAAGUCAA